AUGCACCGGCUAAUAAACUCUAUAUCGCUGCAUUUUAAGAAAGUUUCCUCUUUUUCAGUAAAAGAUAAACCUUUGCCUUUUCCUCAGGUCGCGAUGCCUGUGCACGUGUUUAAAAUGCUGGGAGUGGAGACUCUGUUUGUGACUAACGCAGCAGGCGGGUUGAACAGCAGUUAUACCAUAGGCGACAUCAUGAUAGUAAAGGACCACAUCAGUAUGCCGGGACUGACUACAGACAACCCACUAACAGGCUUCACGAAUGAAAGAUUCGGAGAACAGUUACCGGCGUUGCCCGAGCUGUACGACAGCGGACUGCGUGAGUUGGCGUGGUCAGUGGUUGGGGAGCUCGGGCUGCAAAAGAUGGUACGGGAGGGGACGCUGGUGCAGGUGGGAGGGCCGUCCUUCGACACCGUCUCCGUCUUCAACAUGUUACGGCGUUUGGGUGCAGACUGUGUGGGAAUGAGUUCGGCACCCGAAGUCACUGUAGCACGGCAUUGUGGGAUACGUGUGUUCGGCCUGUCUCUGGUGACAGACAUGGCGCCCAUGGAGAGCGACCUUCCCCCGACAAACCACCAGGAGAUCUUACAAACCGCAGAAGUACGGGCUCGUGACGUCCAGAAGUUGGUCUGCGAGAUGAUCAAGCGAUUACCCAACAACAACACAAGUUCGACGUAGUACUGCCUUCGUAACAGAGACUUUUCUUUUUCAAUUCCAACAUUUAUCACAAGACAUGAC